AUGAAGUGGGUCGUGUUUUUAUUGGCUUUUUUCCGGGCCGUCCUGGGGGAGGAGGUCGUCCUCGAGACCCCGGUUUACGAGUUGCGUCACCAGUGCAAUGUCGAAGGAAACUUCCACAACACCAGCGAGCUGUUGGCAGAUGUGCCCUGUAUGAAAUUGCCGAAAUGUUCUGAAGGGGGCGUCAAGCACAGCGGACCCCACAAAAUGUCCUUCAAGUUGCGCCUCGAGAGUCUGGAUGAAUUCAGGACGCCCCGCCUGGAGAUCAGCCCCACCACCGAGAUGCUGUACAAUCUGAUUGGCUCGGAGAAUCGGGUGGAAUAUGUGGCGCUGCCGCAGUCGGCGUGUUUUGGCUGCGCCUACCGUAACGUCACAUGGACGAACAGCUAUCGAACGAAGGCACAGUACAACUUUUUCGUCCCGCUCACCUCGAAGCAGCGCCAACGCGGUAAUAUGGCACGGCAACUAGUUCCUGUGAUUGACAGCAUUCCCUUGCAAAAGAACACCGAAGGGAAGCAAGGUAUCCGUGUAUGGACCUACGAUCCAGAGGCCUAUACGCCGCCUUCGUUGAAGCAGGUCCUAAAGCUCGACUGCGCCACGCUGACAACCGAAUUCCACGCGCCAAUCCUUGGCAAGCUGGAAGACCGCCGUAUUCGGCCCUGCGGCGCCGCAUGCACAAGAAACGAGACCUGGGACGGGCGCUACGAGAUUACUUUCCCGUUUGGCAUGACAAAGACCUUCUUGAAGCCGAAGGAUACGACGCCUGGGUUGACGUCUUGUAGGCCGGGCCAUGUCCAGUAUACAUUCCCGAACGCGGCGCUCCGCUUUUCCGACAAAAACCACUGCGAAAAGGGCCUGGUCUACCAAAUCACAUGGUUCGGCAAGGGGCAGGUGACGAUGCGCAACGAGCCCAACGAGAAAUGUACCGUU